UAUGUUGCUAGGUACAAAAAACAAGCGGAGCUCAUGCAAAUCGCUACGCACUCUUAAUAUUACAAUUAUUUUUCAGCGCACAUAAAACAGAGAGAGGUGGUUUGCCGCCUGCAUACACGGCGUAUAUGCUAACAUAUUGUGGAGAAAUCGUUUGAGGCUUGUAAGCCCAGUAGGAUAUUACAACACCCGCCGGACGUCCAACUUCACCCUCAAGUAGGCUAUUACAAAGCAGUCGCCCAUUAUCUCAAGACCUGCGGAAACCUAGAUAAGGGAUGCCUGACGAAGGCCCAUCCCCUCCCUGGUUCAAUGUCUUCAGGUGCAUCCUUCUCAGCUUGACGACGGUCCUCAUCAUCGGUGGGAACUCCUUCUGCCUCCUCAUUCUCCGGCGCGUGCACGGCAUCCACGAAGUCACCCGGCUGUUCAUGGCCUCCCUGGCCCUCUCGGAUCUCCUCACGGGCGUGUUUGUUGCCCUGCCCAUGGUCGUCUCCACGGCGAUGGACCGCUGGCCGUACGGCGACACCUUUUGCGGCAUCUACGGGGUGGGCAAGUACGUGUGCUACUACACGGGUCUCAUAUCGCUGAUAGCGGUAACCGUAGAGCGGUACAUCAUGGUGGUGUGUCCACUACGCUACCAUACCAUCGUGACGCUUUUUCGCGCCCGAGUCGCUGUCGCAGUCAUAUGGCUGCUCGCCUUGGCCAUCACCAUGUUCUUCGGGGGGAGCGUCAAUUUUGUCGGGGAUGUCGACGAAGACGAAGAUAACUGCAGCCUGGACACGGAAAAGGGGGAUUUCUGGCACUACCCGCUCAAAUACAUGGCCGUGGUCUUCAUCCUGGUCCCGGUAGUAACCGUGCUGGUUCUGUACACCCACAUCCUGCUGAUUGCCCGUCGCCAGAUAUGCCGGAUCGCAGCAGUCGCCCCGCUGGGACCCAUGUCCGAGGAGGAGCGUGCCGCGGUCCGAACCCGGCAAGCCAACCGCAGGGCGGCCGGCACGUUCCUCAUUGUCACGAUGGCUUUCGCUGUGGCCUGGAUGCCCUCUGCCGUGCGCAAACUCAACAAGCUGGCCACGGGCAUCUCGGACACCAUGUAUACCGAGUUCCUGGCCCGCUUCUGCAUGCUGUCCAACAGCUGGCUCAACAUUUUCGUUUACUACAUCCGCAACGAGUCCUUCAGACAGACGGCUAGACGCUACAUUGCCGCCAUAAGAGGUACAAGAACCUCCGAUGCCAUUGAGAUUAGUUACUAAAUGUAGAAAGACGACAGGACAGAAUAUCGAUCCGCUUAGACUGUGCUCACGGGCAUUAGGUUCGUGCCGUUCGUUCAACUGCAUUUACAAUGUAGGUUGCACAUCAACCUCGCACAAAGUUAACGUUGAUUUCCACACCAUCAGAACUGUUUAAGUUCAGGACAAACUAAAGCACAUUGGACUCAGAAUUUGUUAAAACAUUCAGCUGCACAGCCUACUAAGCCACGGAAAGUGCCCUCUAUCCAGGGUAUUCCUGUUGCUAUGGCUGCUUAUAAGUGUUCCAGUCAAUUGAAAAGCUAUUUUCUUUUUCCCCCUAAAUUCCAAU